AUCGUGUGCUCAUUCACUCCUGGUGGUGGUCGCGGUGGUUCGUGGAUUUGGGGUUAACCGCUUCUAUUGGCGCUUGCCUGCACUGCUUCCAGCCUCGCUUUCUGACCACUCGACGUGCUUCGAGUGUACGACCGCGCCCCUCCGUCAACUGUCCACCCAGCCGCAGCUAGUUGCAAUCAAUAACAAGCUGGGUUUAUCAGCCUCGACGGAGACAAGCAACCAAGUAUCCGAAGCAUUCAGUGCAGCCCUAGUUAGCAAAGCCAAGUGCUACCAGGUCGCAGCAACCAGGGAAUUGCCACCUUGAUUUACUCCUGGAUCUAUUUACGGACCCGUGGUAAUCAAUUGUUCCCUUCUUUUCCUGGUCUCGAGUUUCGUCAGCGUGCAAACAACCAGAUAGUUACCGUCUCUCUCAGCGCGUCUGGUAGUGUAGUGUGUGUCACCCAGUAUCCCAGUUUAGUCAUGUCUGUCACUGCAACCAUGCAUCCUCAGGCAGUAAACCGCUUCAACAACAACAACAACUCUCUUGUUGGUAGCAGCACUCCUGACUGUGACCUGCCAUUGUCCAAGGAGAAUGCUCUUCAGUGCCCACACUGCGGAAUCAAACUGGCCAACCAGGCACGCUUGCUCAAGCACAUGCAGCGUCACCGCGUACGCAGCGAAGUCAAGUGUCUGGAAUGCAGCGCCGUGUUUGUGGACGACGACUGCCUGCGUGACCACAUGCUCCGUGAGCAUAUCCAUUACAUCUCAUCCUCUCCAUUCACCAGCAGCAGCUCAGAGAGCGACUACAACGCUUCAUUCAGGCACAGAGUGGCGCACCGCCGUGCAAGCCGUGCAAGACGAUUCCGUUCGGCUUCUCAAAGCAGCAACAACAUGAUCCGAGGCAACAACACGCCCAAACCCGUCUACGCCGCGAUCAACACCCCUCCUCACACUCCGGAGGUUGAACGCGUUCGCCAAUGGCGGAACUCUAACAACGUCACGGACGAAGAUGAAGAUACGACCCAGGUCAGGGAACCACCGCAGACCAAGAGGCGAAAACACUCAGCCACCAGUGACACUUCUAUGAGCUCCGCAGAGAAGCAGUCGGAUGAAGAAACCACCCCGCCUCCACCAGCGCGGAAAAUUAGCAUUCUUGAGCAGCUGCUGCGAAGAAAGACGAUGAUCCCGGUUGCCACCGCAACAGUAGCUCCAAUGGUGACGCAAUGUGAGUACAGUGUACAGGAAACACCUUGCAGGGCUACCUACGAAGCGAACAUGUACCAGCGACCGACAACCAUCUUCUUUGCGCCUCAAUACCCAUCGCAACAACCUCAAGUUCCCUCUCCGGAGCAGUUGCAGACGCAUCGCCGGCAUCAGCAGCAACAGCAGCAACAGCAACAGCAGCACUACCAGCCAGCGCAGCCAUAUCACCUCACGAGCCCGUCGCAUCCCCACAAGGCGACACCAAUGGACCUGAUUACGCAGUCGUUCACCAACCAAAUCAGCCAAGCGUCAUUGGACAAGCAGCAAGGUUUUCACCUGUUGGAGAGGAAUUUGGUCUGUGAGCACUGUGACAAGCGCUUUCUCUACAAGUGCAAUCUCGCUCGCCAUCUCAGCGCCAUCCACAAUGAGCGCACGGUGAAGAGUGGGAAGCCAUCUGUAGGCCGUUCUCCACGCUCUCCGUUCAAAGUUGGUCUGGCAAGAGAGGCUGUUGUGACCGAGAAGAAGGAGGUCGUCUUCUACACAUGUGACGUGUGCAACCGCUCGUUCACUCAGAAGUCGUCGUUGGUUCUGCACCUGCAAGUGCACAAGGCCACUGAGACAGCCUACAACUGCUCGCUCUGCCCCAAGAUGCGCUUCAGCUCGCGUGCCCGUCUCGAAGCGCACUUCGCAAGCCACACAAGUGCCACCGCUGCUGCGACCACCGCUAAACGUGCCUCUGCACCGCAGAGUGACGAGACGGAGCAGGCUCUAUCCUCACCCAGCGAGUGCAGCAGCAGCAUCCACAGCAGCAGCAGCAGCAUUAGCCCUGAUUCAUCACCGCUGCCCGCCGGUUCCUCUGCCAGCACUACUCCGGUCUCCGGUCCUGAGUUCCCGACUCCGUCGGUACCGCAAAUCCAACUGGACGGCGUGGCUGCCUCGCCGGAAAGCCCAGCAGAUUCGGAUUCCUGCGACGACGCCUGUGAUCCUCAUCAGUUGAUCAUUGUCGACUGACUUGGGUCGUGCAGUUCUUGUCAGUGACAAACCAUCUGUUGUCUUCCCGAUGUCUUGCCAUCAGGCGAAACAUGUAGACCAGGCAAACUUGUUCUUCUGCACAGCGUGUUCCCCACCGGAGGUCAGCGACUCUCUCUCUCUCUCUCUCUCUCUCUCUCUCUCUCUCUCUCCCCUCUCUCUCUCUCUCUCUAUCUCUCUCUCUCUCUAUAUAUAUCUAUCUAUCUAUCUCUAUCUCUCUCCCCCUCCUCUCUCUCUCUCGUUCUCUUUCUCCCUCUUUCUAGUAUUCCCUUUCUGGCUCUCUCUUUGUCAUUUGUGUGCGCGCUCUCGUGCUCUAACUUUCUCUCUCUUUCUCUCCUCAAUGUCAUUCACCUUCUAGGUCCUUCACUCCGAAACUCACUCACUCAUUUUUAUGUCAAUCAUGUACCUCACCCAAUACUAGUAUAUAUUUUCUCUCUCAGAAAAAUCUCACUUAGGCAUUUAUUGACUCUAUUUUUCAUGUCACACACUCACUCAUAAGCUAAUUCACCGUCUCUCUCUCUCCCCUCUCUCUCUCUCUCUCUCUCUCUCUCUCUCUCCUCUCUCUCUCUCUCUCUCUCUCUCUCUCUCUCUCUCUCUCUCUCACACACACACACACACACACACACACACACACACACACACACACACACACACAAACACAAACACAAACACACACACACACACACACACACUCUCUUUAUAUUUUUUUGUUACUCUAUCGUUUUAACUGUGUUAGCCGAUAAUGAGUAAUUCAUAACAAUUUUAACUACUGAUUGAGUGUAUUUAUCUUCAUUCAACCCAAUAACCUUUUUCUUUUUGCGGCAGCCAUAUAUUGUCAGCGUCCUUUCUUCCAACUAACUUCUCCCUUUUCUCGGCCCCGACAAGGAAACGCAAUAAAUGGGGCAGGUAUUGUCACUGAUUCAAGUGUACAUCCCUUCAGCGAUAACAAUCUUACGACUCAACCGAGAUAAUACCCCCAUUUUUUUUUCUUUGAAUGUCUUUAUGUCUCUCUCCUCCCCCUCCCCCUUCUCCCUCUCACACACCCACACACAUAAUGCAGUCUCUCUCUGCCUCUCCUUCGCUUACUGUCCAUUAUGCAUUAUUUUCUAUACUACGUACAUUGAGUAAGUUAGAGAAAUUUCAUUUCAUACUUUAUUCUAUCGACAGUGAUGACUGCCAAAAACCAUCAACAAUAUGCAAGUAAAGCCAGCGUGCUUUCUUCUGUUUUCCAACUAACUUCUGACUUUCAACUUAUCCUCGGCAUCCCAGAAAUUCCCUAGGGCACGACUUGGCUCAUGUGUCUAAUGCUGGACUCUAGAUCCAGUCAUACAACCCAAUAACGCUUUGUGACCGGCAAUUUUAGCGACGUCCUUUCUUCCAACUAACUGCUGCUAUUCUCUCGGCAUACCCUUAUUAAAAACGCUUUAGGGCAUAUCUUGCCUUUACCAGUGUAUGUCCAUUCUGCGGCAAUACUCUUUUUACACAAGCGGGAUUACUACAUCCCAUUUUUUUCAUAAUUAUAAUCAGUACAGAUUCCAUUCUGAAUACCAUCACGCUUCGGGCCUGCUAACAUCCAAUAAUUGUUUGCUAUUUUUGAACAUGCUAUUUAUAACCCUCUCAAUCAAGAGCCGGAAUGUGCUUUUGUCAAUAUGAGAUUGUUUGCGAUGAGCUUUGGUUGAGGACCAUUCCAUCCAUUGAUGCUUUCAUCGACCAUCUUAUGACAGCUGGAAUUUUUCAGUUGGAGGCUCAACUAUCUUUUUUUCCAUUUUAUCCUUUUCAUCUGUUUUCAUGUAGGUCAUGGUCUUCCUUGGCUACAGGAGAGGCUUCACUUCAUUGAUACUUUACCCAAGUCGAUGAAUAUG